CAGGACUUCUGUCCAAGUCGGAGUAGAGGACACCAAAGCACCGGGGAACAGGGAGGCAGCAUAUACUCCUACGGGCCGUACCCACAGUUAUCCCCCUCGUCUGAGAGUUUGUUGGCAGAGAAAAUGAUCCAGUGCGUGCAGGCGAUGCUUUAUUUGUCGGUUCUGGUGGCGUUCGCCGCGUGCAAUGCUCCUCCGGUACCGUUAGACGACAUAUUAAUUGAAAAAACUUUCGUGCCAGAGCAAUGUGUACGCGCAGUCAAAGUAGGGGAUUAUGUCAGGUAUCACUACAACGGAAUGUUUCCUGACGGCAAGAAGUUCGACUCAAGUUACGACCGUGGCAGCACCUACAACGUGUUUGUUGGCAAGAAGCAGCUGAUCGCAGGGAUGGACAAAGCUCUGGUGGGGAUGUGUGUCAACGAGAGAAGCCUGAUCAAGAUCCCACCUCACCUAGCAUAUGGCAAACAGGGAUACGGUGACAUCAUCCCUCCUGACUCUAUCCUCCAUUUUGACGUCCUGCUGCUCGACGUGUGGAACCCAGAGGACGGCGUCCAGAGCAACACCUACCACACGCCUUCCACCUGUUCCAGAAAGGUGGAGGUGUCUGACUACGUUCGCUACCACUACAAUGGCACCCUGCUGGAUGGGACACUCUUUGAUUCCAGCCACACCCGUUUGCGUACCUAUGACACGUACGUUGGGAUUGGGUGGCUGAUCGCCGGUAUGGAUCAGGGCCUUCUCGGAAUGUGCGUUGGAGAGAAACGCAUCAUCACUAUGCCGCCGUCACUUGGAUAUGGAGAGAAUGGAGAUGGUAGUGACAUCCCAGGACAGGCGUCUCUGGUGUUUGAUGUCGUACUUCUAGACCUCCACAACCCCAGAGAUGGGAUCACAGUGACCAAUCAGAUUUUGCCUGAGUCCUGCACGAGGAAAACCGUCGCUGGAGACUUUGUACGCUACCACUACAAUGGCAGCCUUCUUGACGGAACAUUUUUUGAUUCCAGCUACUCUCGUAAUCGUACCUAUGACACCUAUGUGGGUCGAGGCUAUGUGAUUGCCGGCAUGGACGAGGGUUUGAUUGGAGUCUGUGUCGGAGAGAAGCGCACCGUCACCAUCCCCCCACAUCUCGGCUAUGGAGAGGAGGGCACAGGCUCUAAGAUCCCUGGUUCAGCUGUGCUGGUGUUUGACAUUCACAUCAUCGACUUCCACAACCCAUCAGACAAAACUGAGAUCACCAUCACUCACAAGCCAGAAGAGUGUGAUAAGCAAACCAAGAAAGGAGACUUUGUCAAAUAUCACUAUAACGCCUCUCUGAUGGAUGGGUCAUCCAUCGACUCCACGUAUAAUUAUGCAAAGACAUACAACAUUGUCCUGGGAGCCAACCAGGUAGUCCCAGGGAUGGAGGACGGACUGAUGGACAUGUGUGUGGGAGAGAAAAGGCACCUUGUUAUUCCUCCUCAUCUGGGCUAUGGGGAGAGAGGAGUCACUGAUGAAGUUCCAGGGAGUGCUGUGCUGGUGUUUGAUAUUGAGCUGGUAGAGAUGGAGGAAGGACUUCCUGAAGGCUACAUGUUUAUCUGGAACGACGAAGUGUCACCCGACCUCUUCACUGAGAUGGACACAGACAACAACAAGCAGGUGGAGCCCUCUGAGUUUACUGACUACAUCAUGCGGCAGGUGAACGAGGGUAAAGGCCGCCUGGCUCCUGGCUUCGAUCCCUAUCGCAUCAUUGACAACAUGUUCUCCAAUCAGGACCGUGAUGGAGACGGAAAGAUCACAGAGGCAGAGUUCAAACUUAAAGCAGAUGAAGCCCCUCAUGAUGAGCUAUGACGGGACUGAGUGUAGAGCUCAGAUCAGGGUGAAGGCUGAAGGGUCAGACAGCGGGGUUAAAAUACACAUGUGGGUGGUAGAGUAGAAAAAGAUAGGGUUGUAUGUGUAAAGUAAGCGAGUAUGAAGUGAGAAAUGAGCUGAGAGAUUUAGUUUUUUUUUAUUUUGAAGAUAUAGAUGAUGUCCAAAGGGCAUCUGAUCUUUUAGGAAUGAGGUUAUUUUGAGAGAUAAAUAUUACAAAGAAAACACCUCAUUUGAGGUCUACGAUGACAGAGAAUGACUUUUUUUACCUCCUCUCCAAUCACGUUGUGUUGUUUUAUAUGACAUUUAUUAUUUUUAUCUUGAAGGGUACAAAAGCACUCGUGUGUGUGAAAGAACAAACCGAGGCCUCAGUCCACCAUCUCUACGUUCAGCACUCCUUAGUGACUUUUUUUAUUGUUAACUUUUUAUGGUUGUGCGUGUUGUUUUCUUUUCACUGGGUAUCAGCUUGUCUCUGAAAUAUCUGACAGUCUAUCAGGAGCAAUAAGUCAGUCAUCUCUCACUGUAAUAUACUGUGAUGGAGGGAAGUUACAAUUGUUUGAGUUAAAACUCAUUUAUUGAUAAAAGAAUAAGUGAUCAUUUUAAGUGAGAGCUUUAAGUUUGUAUUUACAUAUUUUGCAGCUGAGACCUUUACUGUUUACCUUUUAAAUGUCAGGAUGCCUUCUGUGUUUUCUUGAGUUGAAAUGAUCCAAAAUAAGGCUGUCAGGUUCAAAAUCCUAAAACGGUAUCGAAGCUCUCCAGUCUUUCAAUCAUUUUGGGUCAACUUGUGUCAUUGUUUGUUUGCAUCACCAGCUGUGUGUGUGUGUGUGUGUGUGUGUGUGUGUGUGUGUGUGUGUGUGUG